AUGAAUUCGAACAUCAGGGCCGCUUUUCAAAACUUCCUGUCUACUUCUUCGUGGAUAGUGCUACUCGUGUUCGCCUACAUUCGCGAAACUCUACGAAAAUGGGGACUCGAACACGACAAAGCUCACAAGGAACUGCCGAAACAAAAGGAUUUCGUGCCAUUAUUCGCGGACUUCGAAUCUGUAUAUGCCCGUAAUUGCUACAUGCGAGUUCGGGACGUGUUCGAGCGACCGAUCGGCUCUGUACCGGGUGCCACCGUGAACCUUGUUGACAGAACCACCGAUGACUACAACUGGACUUACAAGUAA